UCCUAGGUUGUUCAAUGGCCAAAUGACAACAAUUUCUAGCGUCAUGUUGAAAAGGAUAAUUGUGAAUGAAUACUUUCAUCUUAUGGAUAUUGUUUGAAGGAAAUUAUGUCGGAAGAUGUAGAUGUUGACAUUAGGGAACAAGUUUUCCACAACGCUGUUCGGGAGUAUAUCAUUUGCCUGCUGUUGUUUAUUUUCCUGUAUGUGAGUUCCUAUGUCACAGUCAGGCAUUUCAAAACCGCAGACUCCGAAGACAUCUCAUCAGCAGGUGAAGAGGAUGCAGUGGUGUACAGGAUUGCACUGUGGAUGUGUACGUUCACCCUGUCGGUGUCUGUGGGUGCCAUCCUCCUACUCCCUGUCUCCAUCGUGUCCAAUGAGGUCCUGCUGCUCUACCCCAAAAGUUAUUAUGUACAGUGGCUCAACUCCUCACUCAUCAUUGGUUUCUGGAACAACAUAUUCCUCAUCUCGAACCUGUCCCUCUUCUUCUUUAUGCCAUUUGCGUAUUUCUUCACGGAGUCGGAAGGAUUUGUUGGUGUGAAAAAGGGUAUCUGGUCGCGGGUGUACGAGGCCGCUAUUCUGCUGGUACUGGUCGGGAUACUCAUCAUCGGACUCGCCUGGGUCGCCUCUGCCAUAUUUGAUGGCAACAAACACACACAAGAAACGCUACUAGAUAUCUGGUCCUACUACCUUCCAUAUCUGUAUUCCUGUAUCUCCUUCCUGGGAGUCAUCGUCCUCAUGCUGUGUACACCUGUCGGGUUCUCCAGAAUGUUUACUGUGAUGGGGGAACUCAUUGCCAAACCAAAGUUCUUUCAAGACGUAGAAAAAGACCUUGUGAUGGUCAGAUUGACAGAGACAGAUUUACGGCGGAGACUGACCUUCACCAAAGAUAAUAAAUACAAGGCAGUUCCUGACCGACUUGCAAAUGGUCACCUGUCGACGGAUGAGCUGAUAGAACAGCUAGAGAAGAACCAGUCCACUCUUAAGGAGCUAGAGACGAGGAGUAAGACGUCCAUUAUUUGGAGAAAUCUGUGUUAUCCCCUUGUUAUGUUGCUUUUACUUGGAUUAACAGUAUUUUGUGUGUUAAUGGUAGCCCAGAAUUUUUUGUUGCUGCUUGUUGGUAUCAAAGCUUUACCUGUUGGAGCAAAGGAAACUGUUUUAGGAAUGGCCUCACUUUCAGCAUUGGGAUCAUUUGGAGCUGCUUUAGAGAUUAUUCUUAUUCUAUAUGUAAUGCUAGCCUCUGUGCUGGGUUUCUACAGCCUGCCAGGGUUCCGCAAUCUUCGCCCCGUUCCACACGGCACUCCGAUGGUCAAGGUGAUAGGAAACUGCAUAGUCCUCCUGAUUCUUAGUUCAGCACUCCCUGUCAUGUCCAGGACUCUAGGUUUAACAAAUUUUGACCUGAUUGGUAACUUUGGCAGUAUGGACUGGCUGGGGAACUUCUACAUCAUUAUGCUGUGCAAUGUCGUGUUUGCCGGGCUCACCACGCUAUGCUUAGUCACAAAAUUCACCAAAGCCGUCAGGACGGAAAUCUACGACCGACUGAUGGCGUUCUUCAUCAGAGAACAACCUGCGCCAGGUCAUACUCAUUCUUCUGUUGCAAACGGAGAUGUUAGCUCAAAAGAGGACUAAUAGACUAGAAACUACAUGUAUAGUGUUCAUGGCUACGUACAUUUUAUAUAUAUAUAUCUUUAGUUGCCAUGGAGUAGUUCUUUCAAAAUAGUUGUCCAAAUCGAGACUGUGAUAUGUAUAGGUUUGUGCGAUGAAGAAUUUUUUGCGUGUGUGUGUGUUUGAAUGCUUGGUCAGUUGCUUUAGAUAUCAUACAUGUACAACAUGGUCAGUAUUUACCUAUAAUUACAUAAAAUCAUCUGGCAAAUCUUUUAUUGUACCUGUACACUGUACAUGUAAAUAUAUGUACAGAAAACAUUUACCUUAUAAGGGUGUUGUGUUGAUUAACACACUCAUUGCAGUAUUGCUUAUACUAAUCAGUUUGGAUUUUUUUUUCAAUGUUUAACUUUUAACAUUUCACAUGUACACAUUAAACUGAAACCCAGUUGAUGAGAAACUUAAAGAUUGAUAUUAUCUGUACAACUUUUACAAAAAAAAAAAGGUGGAGACACAUUAAUUAAAUGUGAACAAAAACAUCUGGGAAACUUAAUUUCAAAAAUAUAAAAAAAAAUCCUGUUUUUUAUAGAACAAAGGGGUUUAUGUAUAUAUUACUCGGUAGUACUGUUACGGUGUGUGAAAGAGGGUUGUAGUCCUAGUGAUCCCAUACUUAUUGACCUUACUUAUAUAAGUACAAUGUACUUAUUAUUACACUUGUAAACAAAUAUUUAUUUUAUAUUUUAUUUUAUGAAAUCCAUGUUAAUAUCAAGAAGACUGUAUAGUCUUCAAUAUGUACACACUAGUCACAUUACAGGUAUAACCAUAUAUUGUAUACAUACAAGAUUAACCCCCCCCCCCCCCCCCAUUUUACCCCAUUGACCGGUCUUGUCAUGUGUGAAAGUAAAACAUGCUUGUCUGAAUUCUUCAAAUUUCUUCUCCAUCAUUUACAUAUCCUGUGGUUUAAACAAAAAGCGAAAGACUCAAAUUAUGGAGAAUUUUUUUUUUUUUAGGAAAAUUUUAUCUUGGAUCAUUUAUUACACGUGUGUCUGCUGUAAUGUAAAGCAAUAUAUACGUGCAUGAAUUUUCAUCAGAACACUAUAUUCAUGAAACAUGUAUGUAUGCCAUAGCAAUGCAAAAUACUCACAUUAUAUUAAUGUAAGACUAUUUUUUUGUAUUUUUUCUUGAACGAUUUUUUUUGUGUGUAUUAUUAUUAAUUUUUUUCUUUUUUGUCAAAGUAGGCAUAUCCUUAUUUGGAUCGCCUUGUAACUUAUAUGUACACCGUGUAUAUAUAUGUAGAGCUUCUACUGAAGGAGUUCUUGCAAGAGUUGUAAAAUUGUGUUAAUGGAAGAAUAUUGUAUGUAGAUGAGAUGUAGAAAUUCAUACAUAGAUUUGGUUCAAGAUCAUAAGAGAGCUUAGAUUUGGUGUUUUGUAUGUAAAUAAAGUAAAACACGGUUAUAGCAAACACACUUAUAAUGAAUUGACACUUACUGCAAAGUGAUUUUCUUCCCUGUGACUUUGUUACAUGAAUAUAACGAAUUAUGCUUAUAACGAAAUAAAAUCGCCCGUCCUUGGCACUUUGUUAUAAGCGUGUUUUACUGUUUAAAUUUCAAAUGCUGUGUAUAAAUUCUAUCCAAGUCUAAGACCUCUUCAUGAUCCUCAGGGUAUUUCUUGUCUGAAGUGUUCUACAAGUUUCAUCUUUCGUUUUUUCAAAUAAAACUAAUUAGGAUACUGUAUUAUCAAAAAAAAAGGACACAAUGUGAUUUCAUGUUGCAUCACUUAGAGUUUGCUUUACGUAUGUCAUAAUUUGAAAUGACGGAGUUGGAUAUAAUGCCAAAAAUGAAAUAUCAAGUGCGUUUUUAGAGUUAUCAGUCACAUCUAUUGCACGCUUUUAACCAUAGAACUUACAAAUAAGAAACAACUUUCCAAAGACGUCAUCCAAGGAAAGUGUAAAUGUUUAUUCCAUUGGCUUUGAACAGCAGUUCAUGCAACAUACUCUUUUUUUUUUACAGUACUCUAGUGUAUGAAGUAACACUAGAAUACUUGCAUAUUCUAGCGAUUUUAAAUAUCAGUGUGAACAAUUUUGCUUUGGACGUGAUUUUGUGUAGCUUUUGAUUUUUUAAGAUUCUGUGUCCAUGUGCUCUGAUAGUGCUAUACCGGUAUUUUGUGUCUGUACUUAAUUUGAGUGUUUGCUCAUUUGAAACAAAUUGUGAAUGUAUGAAAUCUGCAUAUGAACAAUUUUGAAAAAGGUCAACUUUAUUUUUUCUUGCUGAUGAGUUCAGUUAUUCCAUUAGCCAUUUUAAACUUACAAGUUCUUAUUUACAUUGAAGAACAAUGAACAGAGCAUAAUGAUUAUUUUUGUAUUUGUCUUUUUUGUCUUAACGUCUAUCAAGGGGACCAUAAAUGUUUUGUCUUUAUUUUUGUUUGAGGUGAUAAUUCAUGAAAAUUUGAAGUCAUAUUCACCACAGAUAUUCAUAAUGAAAGUCAGAUGUGAAGUGUGAAAAGUAACUCAUUACUGACCACAGGUCUAGUAGCUUGGCCGCUUGUUAAAAAAGUAUUAUAUUACUUUGCUCAAAGCAAUAAUGUAUUAUGCCGCUAAUUAAAACAAAAAUUAGAGAGAGAAUAAAAAAAAAUUAAUCCAGAUUUUUUUUUGCCAAAACGUUUUCUUUUAAAAUUGGCUGCUUUCAGCAGAGGCAGAUUUGCACCAUCUAAAUCCUAACUGCAGUUCAGUUAAUUUUUUUUGUGUAUGCAAAAACCAGUGUUUUGUCCACAUAGAUAUAAAGAUGUAGAAUUUAUGUUAGAAGUUGAGUAUGUAUUGAAGAAUGCUUUAUUUUGACUUGGUUGAGGUAUAGCUAAGUUUUCCUGACAUUGGACCUGUUUUAAACAUUGAAAAAGUGAGGUGUCUGUCUAAGGUGUGAACAUGUGUGUGUGGAUGUGUGUGUGUGUGGAUGUGUGUGUGUUUGGAUGUGUGUACAUGUACCUCAGCUGUUCCUUUCUGUUUUAACAGCUCAAAUUCCAUUGUUUGAUGAAGCUGUGUGCAAUACUUAUUUUGCCAAUAUUAUGUUGCAUUGAAAAAUAAAGCUAAAUAGAAUUUUUA